CGACACUCUCGUCUUUGCAUAUCACAUCAAGAGAAGAAAUCAUCGUCCGCUUGCCACGUCUCAUUUACAAACAUGGCCCAAGCUAGCUGGCAGUCGUUUCCCUCCGACGUCCCCAAGCCCCAGGACGACGGAGCCUGCAACCACCUCCAAGGAACCACAUUGCCGUCCGUUUCCCUCCCGUCGACGUCCGGCAGCCCCGUCGACCUGUCCAAGCUUUCCGGCCUCACCAUCCUGUUCUGCUACCCCCGCACCGCAGGCCCCAACGAAACCGUCCCGGACUCCUGGAACCAGAUCCCCGGCGCGCGAGGCUGCACGCCGCAAGCGUGCUCCUUCCGCGACGCCUCCAGCGACUUUGCCGAGCACGGCGUCGCUCGCAUCUUCGGCUGCAGUACGCAAGACACGGCGUACCAGCAGGAACUGCGGGAGCGCACGCAUCUGCCUUAUCACAUUCUGAGCGAUGAGAAGCUGGACCUCGUGUCGGCGCUCAAGCUGCCGACGUUCGAGUUCAAUGGCGCCGCGUUGAUCAAGCGCAUGUCGAUGGCAAUUCAGGAUGGGAAGAUUGUGAGGGUGUGGUAUCCCGUGUUCCCGCCUGGCGAGAGUGCUGGGGAGGUAUUGAAGUGGUUGAAGUCGAGGGAGAAUUGAUCGCCACACAGAUAGCAGGCAUCAAAUUCGAGGACCUGAAAACGAAGGCGGUAGAUACAGUCUGUGCGAUUUACACUCACGCGUCACAACUUGCCAUGCAUACCUCAGAAGAAAAAAUGA